AUAUACAAAGGGUUCUAAAUAUCCUCAGAACGGAAGGCAAAUAUCCUACAACUACCAAAUUCCAAUUUCAAGCCCUUUUCGUCGUCCACAGCCUCAGCCAGCUUUCACCUUCUCUACAAAUUCAAUGCCGACGGACGACGACGGCAGCAAACACGACGACCACCGCCAUGCUAUCGUGCGCCUCAACCCCAACCCUCCAUCCUCAAACGCCGCCGCCAUCACCACCACCACACCAUCUCCAAAACCAAACCCUAGGUUCCUCUCUUUCCUCCUCCGCGCCAUCAUCAUGGCCCUAAUCGUCUCCCUCUUCCUCCUCUUCCUCGGCGUCGCCGCCUUCGCCCUACUCCACAUCUUUCUCGCCGGUCGCGCCCUCCACCGCCACCGCAACCGCAGCCGCCGCCACACCACCCCCGACGCAUACUCCGCGGACGACUUGCAGAGGUUCCUUAAUAGAUCCAAAUACGUCCACGAAUUGCCCGGAACGGUGAAGGACUGCGCCGUUUGUUUGGAUUCCUUCAGAGAGGGCCAGUGGUGCCGGAGCCUGCCGUCGUGUAACCACAUGUUUCACGAAAAAUGUGUGGACAGUUGGUUGACCAGAAUGUCCAAUUGCCCAAUUUGCCGAACCCGCGUUCGGUUGAAUUCAGGGGCGUCGGCUUCGGUGAUCAGCAACGACGAUUGUAACCUGUUGUGGGCUGUUGGUGUAGGGCAAAGAGGUGGCUAAUUUAUUAUUUCCAAGAACCAGGGGUAUGAAGAAAUAAAUGCUCCUAGUGUUGAGGGUUUGGGUGAAUAAGUAAGUAAGUUUUGAAAACUUGAGUUUUUUUUUAUUUUUAUUUUUUAUUUUUCUUCUUCUCUGUAAAUGUAAACUUUUGUUUAAUAGUAUAAUAGUCUUGAAUGUUUAAUUGUUGCCUGCA